UAGGUCAAAUGUCAAAUUUGUCAACAGAUGUCCGAAACACAGAUUAAGCUUGCUUUGCUUGGUGGCUCUACGUUAUUUUGCAUCCAUUUAGAAAUUUACAAAUAAAAUGGCCACCGAAGUCGAAGAAACUAUCAAGAGAAUCCAGGCGCACAAGGGUGUCAUAGGCGUCAUCAUAGUCAACCAUGAAGGGAUUCCAAUUAAAAGCUCAUUGGACAAUGCCACUUCAGUGCUCUAUUCUGGGCUCAUUGGUCAACUCACCGAAAAAGCCAGGAAUGUUGUCAGGGAAAUGGACUCAACCAAUGACUUGACAUUCCUGAGGGUGCGUAGCCGGAGACACGAGAUCCUCAUUGCACCAGACAGAGAAUUCAUACUCAUGGUCAUACAGAACACAUCUGACUAGUCAAACCUCAAUAUUCCACAUUAAAUCACUAAGUAUGGACAGAAGAAUCAAUGUAAUUGUAAAAAAACAUUCAGAAAUUGCACAGUGUCUUAGUUAGGCAUUUUAAUCACAAAAAAACUGGUAAUUUGCGACUAAUAACUUCUCAAAGACAUAAUACUUUUCAGAAGCUACUUAUUUUCCACAAUUUAAAGAUAAUCCACAUGACCUAUUCUCGGUUAUUUAUAAUUAUAAAAGGUGUAAGUUAAGAUUAAGUAUAAGUUUAUGAAAUUGUAUUUAUUUACUUUAAGAUUAAUACUAUAAAUAUAUGCAGCUUUAUUAACUA